CCUGUCACUUUGACGCUCUCGCCGGCGUUAACGGCCAAGCGCGUGUUUACAUAGAAAAACAAUGGGAAAGUAGCGCAUUGGAAUAGAAAAACGCGUUCUGUUUGAACGGCCCCGUUCUUUUGAUCCAUCAGUAAAUAUCGCAAUAAAAGACUUAUGCAUUGUUCUCGGUCUUUCAUCAGCUAGGGGUGGUUUCUUGAAUUAUAUUAUUCAAAAGCUAUAGAAGCUGAAAUAAAAUUAUAAUGCAGCGUAAAACUUUAUAAAAAAUAUAUAGACUUUCCCUGCGUCUCAAACAGCUCCCUAGCUUCCUAUGUCGACUCCCUGAUCAUCAGUGCCCUGACUACUAAACUAGGGAGCUGCAUUGAGAUGCAACACAUGCAAGCUUGGACUAACUGAAGAAAAAAAAAAAAUCAGAAGCCUCUUCAUUGAUGAAAUGAUUGACAAAUCUAGUCGGCCAAUCAGAUAAAUAUAAAAUGUCAGUGUGGGGGCUGUGGGUGGCCUUAAAUAAGUUCUCCACUGUGUGCGCAACAACAGAAGUACAGAAAGCUUCGUGUACAUAGGAUUAAGGUCUGCAACAAAGAACAAUGGCUCAAGCUAAAACCUGGGUCCUGAAGAAGCACUUUGAGGGCUUUCCCAAAGACUCUGACUUUGAGCUUAAACUAGAGCAGCUCUCUGAGCCCAAAGAUGGAGAGGUUCUUUUGGAGGCACUGUUCCUUAGUGUGGACCCUUACAUGCGACCAUACAGUCGUGUUUCAAUGCAAGAAGGAGACGUGAUGAUCGGAACUCAAGUUGCCAAGGUGAUUAAAAGUAAUAAUCCUUCAUUUCCUGUGGGCUGCCAUGUGGUUGCUCAAUGUGGUUGGAGAACGCAUACUGUGUCAGAUGGGAGUGAUCUCACCAAAAUCUCAGAUGACUGGCCUCAAGAUGUCCCCCUCUCCCAUGCUGUCGGAGCCAUGGGCAUGCCAGGGCUGACUGCACUCUACGGUUUGGAGGAGGUCUGUGCCAUCAAAUCAGGAGAAACCUUACUGGUGAAUGCAGCCGCAGGGGCGGUGGGCUCUGUAGCCGGUCAAAUUGCCAAACUUAAAGGCUGCAAGGUUGUGGGUUCCGCAGGAAGUGAUAACAAGGUGGCGUACCUGAAGGAGCUGGGCUUCGACCAGGCCUUUAACUAUAAGACUGUCCCCUCACUGGAGGAAGCGCUGAAGAAAGCUUCACCUGAAGGAUACGACUGCUACUUUGAGAAUGUGGGUGGCUCUUUUUCGAGUGUUGCUAUUCCACAGAUGAAGGCUUUUGGGCGCAUUGCUGUUUGUGGAGGAAUAUCACUGUACAAUGACACCACCCCACAAACAGGUCCUUAUAUACACAUGCACAUGAUUUUUAAUCAGCUGAAAAUGGAAGGUUUCUUGAUGACCAGGUGGGCACAUAAAAAUGAGGAGUCUCUAAAGCGAAUGUUGACCUGGAUGCAAGAGGGAAAACUGAAGUGUAAGGAACAUGUCACUGUUGGGUUUGAAAACAUGCCUGCUGCAUUCAUGGGGAUGCUCCAGGGGGAAAACAUUGGGAAGGCCAUCAUUAAAGUCUGAAGUCAUGUGCUUCAGUGGUUUACUCCUAUUACAACGUUAUUAUUUUUGGAACAUUAAUAAUGUUGUGUCCUUUUAUUUUGGUUUACAAAUAAACUUUUGUACGAUUUUUUAUAAUGAGUGUCACAUUUUCCUCAAAAUAUGCACAAAGCAGAAAUAAAAUGUUUUUUUCUAAUAAAAGCAUAUAAAAGAUUUGUAUGCCAAGAUUAAAAUAUAUAAGCCUAUUAAGUCUUAAAUGACUGUGGCUCAGAAUUAUUCAGCAUUUCUAAAUAUGCUGAGUCAUAAACAGUAAAUAAAUGAUUAAUGUACCGAGUAAGAUUUGUUUAUGACACUUAUGCAAUAGAUAAGCAAGGUGUGAUGGAAUUUUUGAACUAAUUAAUUAUGAACUGACAUUUCUUUUCUUCUACAGGCUAACAAGCUAACUUUGAAAUAGAGAAAUAGUCACUAAGACUCUGGAAAAAUUCUGCUGUGCUGGCCAGACAGCAUCCUUAAAAAAAUAGUCUAUGGAAAUUGUUUUGACCUAUUGAGUAAUCAGUAAACUAUUAACCCGGUGAUAUUUUUUUGAUGAUCCUGUGAUUCAGUUGUUCUAAUCUAAAUUUACUCCACCAGUGAGCUGGGCAGAGGAACUAAGUAGUUUUUCUUAAAUCUGAGCCAAUCAUAUUAAGACUGAUGAUGAUUAUGAGUAAUAGAUUACGCUAUACUGACUGUGAGAUGUACCUGAAAUCCUAUAUAAGCUUCUGUAUUCCUUUGAUCAGGGAGAGAUUAUCUGGGACUGAUGAGAACUCUCCCGGCUGUGAUUAAAAUCUUUGAAGGACAA